CUCCUCCGGCCUGGCCGGGGCCGGCUGCUGAUGUGCCUGGCGCCGCGUGGCGCUCUGCGGGCGGCGGUGAGCGCUGACGGGUCGGGAAUCCAUGAGCUGAGAGCCGCCAGCCAUGGCCGCUCCCCGGAGGCCGGCGGCUCCCUGGGGGAGAGCAGUGCUGGUGCUGCUGGCAUCGCAAGCCGUGUCCCUAGCGAACUGCUUUGAAGAGGAGGACGUUCCAGAAGAAUGGCUCCUUCUGCAUGUUGUUCAGGGUCAGAUAGGAGCCGGGAAUUACAGUUACUUGAGGUUAAAUCAUGAGGGAAAGAUCGUUCUUAAGAUGCAGAGCUUGAAAGGAGACGCAGACCUGUACGUGUCUGACAGCACCCUCCAUCCGAGUUUCGAUGACUACGAGUUACAGUCCGUCACUUGUGGCCAGGAUGUUGUUUUUAUACCAGCACAUUUCCAGCGUCCCGUGGGAAUAGGCAUCUAUGGACACCCCUCUCACCAUGAGAGCGAAUUUGAAAUGAAAGUGUAUUAUGAUAGAACAAUCGAACAGUACCCAUUUGGUGAGCCUGCUUAUUCCUCAGAGGGUGCAGACCCAGGUCAGAAGCAUCCUUAUGCUCCUGAAGACGCAUCUCAAGAAGAGGAGUCUGUUCUUUGGACAAUAUUAAUUAGUAUUUUGAAACUGGUCCUUGAAAUUCUUUUCUGAGUCAUUAAGCAUAGUCUUUAGUAUAAUACCCCUAAUCUGUGAAGUUGAUUGCAGUUUGCUGUGAACCUUGCUACUUUCACCUGGUUGAAGUUCUGAUUACCUUUUUUUAGUCCAGGAAUGGAAAAAUAAAGCCAUAUAUGGUUUUGUUACCUCAGUUAUCCCAAAAACCAAAAAUUGGAAAAGCAGCAAGCAUAGUAUUUUCAAGAUCAGAACUCCUAUAAAAGGAAUAUGCACAAUAAAAUGUUUAAACUCCAUUUUGAUAGCUUGUCAGGUGAUGAAAGAUUAUUAGUGACUUAGGUUUAUUAUAUAAAAAAAAAAAAUAGAACCACCUUUCAUGCAGUUAACACAGAUUAAAAAGUUGAUAAUGUUAUAAUUUUACUUUAGAGGUUCUAAAGGAAGUUCAAUGUGUAAGCUCACAAGAGUCACUGAAAUCAAGUCAGAAAUGUUAAUGAUUUAUUUAUACUUUCCUGAACUGAAGCCCCAAGCCUAUACCCUAACUAGGGAUGGUACUUUUAUCUAAACAGCAUUUCCUGGCAGGCAUUUACGAACUUUUUGGUCCUGUACCAAUAAUGACAAUUCUAAAUCCACCUACACCAAAUCUUAAUAGUCCCUUUGUCAUUUUAAUCUUGGGCUACCUAUAAAUUAAACUUGUUUAGUUAUUUUUAAUAACUUUGUUAUGCUACCUAUGGUAGACUGGAAAAAAUGAUGCAUAUUAAGAAAGUUUCAUGAGAAUAACAGUAACCUCUCAGUCUACCAGAAGAAUAUGUAAGUAUUUCUAAUUAUUGUUAAAUAUUUCCAC